AUGAAUGCUCUCCCAGACGACGUCGCGCGCGUCCUAGAGGACUUCUGUGGAGCCAAGGAGAUUGUUAUGUUAGGCCGGACCAGCCGCCGAUUUAGACCCAACGAGAAGACGUGGGAGCGGCACGCGAAGUGCAACCCGCUGACGGAGCACGUAAUGGUUACGUGGGUCUGGCCCUCAUUUGCUAGGUCGCUCUGGGAGCUUCGGCCGGGGGAUCCUGACCAGAGCCUGCAAAUGCACGAUUAUGAUAAUGACACGAGGUUUGUGCUCCAGGUCUGGAGCGGCGGGAAGUUGCUGACAACGAGGAGGAUGUCUUUCGAGAAGUUCUCACCUACCUUCCCCGAAGAGUUUAGCGAACAUCAGGAUGAUGGGGACUGGUUCCGAAUUUCUGCUGGCACCUCACAUCUACACGUGGCCGACGGGGACGUGUGCGAGCAUUGCACACAACUGCGGGCCGGUGAAGCGAUUCCGGACUCCCUCGGCGUGGGGCUCGGCCUGGACUGUGCGCCGCUUCGCUUCCGCAUCGUCGCGGUUCCAUACAGGAGCCCUGCCCAUUGGAAACCGACGGUCGUGUUCGACGCUGAAGGCAGCACUGAAAUUCACAGUCUCUGGCUCCAACUCUGUCAAGGUGGGGAUCCAGUCCAACCAGAAGGCGUUCCAAAUGACUUACUUCGGGGCCCCGAGGAUUCGUCGCCGUGGGGACUGGAUCAUCACCACGAAGAUCUCGCCUUCUAUCCGGCUGGUUAUUACAACCCCGGCUUUUACAGUCCCCUCAGCAGACAACCAUCGUGCCUCGUCCGAAUCACCCGCGACGCGGGGCAAAACGCGACUGGCCUGAUCAUCGACGAAUUCAACUGGUAUUUUCCCAGAACCGAAAUCGGGCGGUUGCGAGUCAAUACCGAGUUUAUUCGCUCCUAA